GCUAGAGAUAUCCCACGAUAACGAUAAGGCAUUGGCUAAGAAACAGUAUUAGCUCUAUUGUUUGAUGUACAUCCGCAAACACCCUUGAAUUCGGAUUCAACUCUUAAAUUCCACCAAUUUUUGUUGCUUCUGCCGUAUAUUAUGGGACCUCGACAUCUCCCUUCGGACCGCGUCUUGAUUCUUGCUCCGUGGCCACGGUUCCGAUGACGCGACAACCUGCCAAGGUGAUCGAUUUGACAGGAGACGACGAGGAAAUACCAGGUGCGCCUCUUUUGCUGCCGUCAAAUCAUGGCCUCGUAAUCCCUGGGACAUUUCCAGCGCCUUCAACUGGAAAAUCACGACCGUAUAUGAACUCUCAUUCAGACAGACACUCUGCGCCAAUCCUACCAAAGAACCCAGAGUCAAAAGGAGCUUCAAUGCCUACCUCUAAUGGAUUCACUUAUGCGCCGAUAUUACCAGGCGCUACAGUCGCAACAAGAUAUACUCCGUCCAGAAAUAUGACACUAUCAUCCGAUGUAUCUGCGAUUAGAAGAAGGGAUCGGGAAGGGAACAAAGACAUUAGCACACUGUCUAAACAAGAGCCACACUUUGAAGUAGAACAUGCUCCGAAGAGAAGGCGGAUUUCGAGGGCCCCUGAGGAGAUUAGUUCAAAUCAGGUUCUGCAGCCCACAAUUGAAGAUGUAGCCCCUAGGCGAUGGACAAAGAGGGGAAUGGCCGACCAGGACUACGCUCAACAUCUCGACGGACAACUCCAAGAAACCAUCUCUUAUCAAGAGCUGCUCCCUACGAUUGAAAAUGCCCACAAUGUUCGACGGUCGACAAGACGAAUAACAGAGCGGAACUCUACUCAUCACUACAACAGACACACUGGGGAUAACGAAGAAUUUACACCUCGACGAGCUUCGAUGUCAGUUAUACUAGCUCCUAAACGAGCCACCUCAAGCACCAGCGAGUCUUCGAAAUCUCCCGUCUCUCAACCUACUUCUGUAUCUUCACAGGCCAAUGAUAGGUUUUUGGAGACAAUACAUGAUCAGGUAUUUAUUCAUAUCAAUGCUGCGAUGGUGCGACACAAGCAAACAAUAGACCCCAAGAAACUCCAUGAGAUUGGAACUUCAGUUGCUAGCGUACUUGUGGACAGUCCUAUGUUUGAACACCUCAAUCGAUAUGGAUUGUCGCGCGAGGAUGAGAAUGUGAUAUCAAAGAAAGUAAAGCAUUACGUAGACGAGUUUGUUGCAUAUAGUCUGGGCCCAGCAACAUCCUUCAGCAAUGAUGUUGAUGCUGCUAGCACUCCGGGGGAUAACCGAAAAGCCAAGAGAACAAAUAAUGUUUCACUUCCGAAAAGAGGCUCGCGAUCUCGAACUCAACCUGUUCAAACAGAGUUAGAUUCUCCUUCAAUAGAUGUUCAGUUUCUGCAAGAUGGCUCUCUACCCAAGACAGACAGUGGGAAACUUGCUACUUUCAAGCAAGUUGACAGGAGCGAUGUGCAUGUUGAAGCAGACCUUGAUAUAGCUAAUAUGGCAUCUUCUCAUGAGACAGCUCUUUUUCGCCUAACUAUUGAUGGACAGCCGCGACCAUAUAUCGAUGCUAGGGCUCGUGAGAGAAUCCGUCGUGGCCUCCAACGCGUCUCUGAACAAGAAAGAGAGGUACUUGUCGGGCGCGUCUACCACAUUGACUUUUGUGAGGAAGAACUAUCGAUUGUCCGAAAAUUCUUGAAAUCUCAAACACAACUAAGAGGGAAGCCAAGCAUGGCACUACUAAUGCAAAAGCAAAUUCUGCAAGUGCCUGAAUUGGUCUCAUUAUUGAUAUCGCAACCAUGUGAAGAUCCCAGUCAGAGCCUCAUUCAGAGUCGUGGACCAGAAUCAUUGGCUGCUUUUCUCAGAGAUGCCGCCAACGGCGAAGUAUCGAUGAAUUCAAGAACCCUUAUGGUAGGUCCUAAAAGGUCCUCUAGACAGUUUUCUGCGCUUUUAGGUCAACGUGAAAUACACGGCAUGGCCCCUAUUCGAUCCUGCGGCGGUCAUAAAUCAUACGUGCGAGAGAUCAAUUCUGCACUGGAGGACUCAUUGCAAAGAAAGGUUGAGUGGACAGAUUGUUGCGGUGACAUUUGGGCCAUCAGUUGGACAAGUAGUGACGCUUUUGUAUGUGGUGCUACUGCACAUUCUGAUAGCCACAAUAUGCAAUACAACAAACCAGGUAACUUGGUAGUUGGUUCUGUUUCCAAAGAGACCUUGGAUGCAAUGCCAGAUCAUCGGAUUGCACGGCCAAUCGUGAAUGUGAGAGACAAUGUUGAGAACGCUCUUGACUCUAUGAGGCAAACUCAGGAUCCUUGGAUCUAUACCUCUAUCUCAGCAAUAUCUCACAGUCACAAUAGUGGUCUCACUUUCACUGCAAGCUUUGAUGGAACUGUGAAGGUCUGGAAAGUGUCACCAUCUGAUACUGGAUCUUCCAUGGAUAUAUUGGGGACCUGGCCGCACGAAGGAAAAGUCAAUUUUGUCACAACCUCGGAGUACCAUGAUUUCGUUGCUACAGCAUCUGAUGUUUACAAUAACGCUGUUCGUAUCUAUCGCCUCGAUACAAAAAAUAUAAGUGAAUCGACAUUCCACACGUACAAUGGCGAGAAAGCCGCCGAGCAAGCACGUGAGUUGCACGAUAACAAUUUAUGGGCAUACUACCCUGCUACUGUCCAAUGGGGCAGAGCAGACAGUGUUUCAAAUCUUUUACUCGUUGGCUACUCACCACGUUCCUUUAGUAAUGAUGAGAUUGAUAUCCCAGAAGAUAAGAGAAACAGCGGAGAGUUAUGCUUGUGGAAUGCCUCUGAUGGUUCCAAGGUUCCUAUCGCUUCUGCCCGUGCCCAGAAUGUGUUUGAAGUUGUCUGGCAUCCUACCAAACCAACCUUUAUCGCCGCCACCUCGUCUUACGGCCUUUUCAAAAGCGAGGCAAAAACACAAGUUAGAUUAUUCGCAGCAAGGACUGAUAAUGAUAAUUAUACCGCUUUCUAUCCAAUUAGAGUUCUUGAUUGUCCUGCAAUGGAUAUCAACGAAUUAACAGUCAUGCCAAAUAGCUUUCAUCAGUGCUACGUAACGGCUAGCUGUACGGAUGGCAAUACUUAUGUUUGGGACACUGGAGCAAUUGGUGACGAUGCAAUUCACGUUCUUCCGCAUGGAGAAUCGCUUGAUAAUCCCUAUCAUGAUAUUCCUCGUGAACUUGCAGACACCGGCGUUAAGUUUGCUGCUUGGGGAGAAACUUCUGACCGAUUUUAUACCGGUGCUUCUGAUGGCAGAGUCAAAGCCUGGAACAUACAGAGACCGCCCGGGAAGGCAUUUGUUCGUGAAUUACUCGCGGCUUCUGGUGGAAUAGGUGCCGGCGCAUUUUCUUCGGACUUUUCCAAACUCAUUAUUGGCGAUGCUACAGGAAAAGUUCAUUUAUUGACACGAAGCGAGGAUGAUCCUGAACUGGAGAAUUCAGACAUCGAAGAGCCUGAUGAUUCAUCAAGGGUCCAGCCUGGCAAAAAUAAUCAUUUUCUUUCACAUCUCAGAGGUCCCCGGCUAAUCAAGCACCAUCCGGAGCCUGAUCCUCCAGAAAACCACGUUGUGCAAGAAUUCCCCGACACAGGGGUUGGGAUUUCAAACCAUUUUGUUCAGAGUAAAUUUAUAACUAUAAAUCCAGAUCCUGCUAUUGGUGCAGUUCAGGGUCCAAAUUAUCACGAGACUAAUCUUUAUCGUCUCGAUGCACACGAAGAUCAGGAUAGCACCAAAGCCUUAUUACCAUACUUCCAAGCUCGACAGCAGCAUGAUCUACAUAUAAACAUGGCGCCCCAGCCCCUUUCAACUAUACCGAGCCUUACACGAAGCUCAGAUCUUAUUACUCAUAUGCAUAAUUUAUCCCUGAGUCUUGAGUUUGACAUGCUGGAACCAAUGACUCGCAGGCAAUUAUUGGAGGAUAGGGCACAGCUCGAAGCGGAUGAUGACUUCGAAUAUGAGAUGGGCCCAAAAAUAGACAUAUUUGGAAAUAAGCGGCACAGAAAACUUUGAUCAGAUGGGCGGCACAUGCCCAUUUAAUAGUAUUUAGUGGUGGCAUUCUCGAAUCUGCGAGAAGUUUUGAGAGUAGAGCCGCUGCUAGUGUAAUACAAUAAGAAGUCUAUGGAGCGAAUACUUUAGGUAUAUGCUACAUUAUAUAGUGAGAUAUUGGCAUGUGGAUUACAGGGAUGUAUUAUGAUGAUGACGGAAGUUACUUGUGUCGAAUGCAGCAUAGCGAGCA